AUCAGGGAAACUUGAGAGUAGAGAAAGGCAGCGAGGGAGGGAUCGAUCUGAAAAUGUCUCUGGAGACACAGGAAUUGAAAGCGAAAGCAGAGGUGUACCAUGGCGAUGAACUGUGUCAAGAGAAGUCCAAAGUUUUGCUGAAGGAAAUAGGGCUACCCAAUGGGCUUUUGCCUCUGAAGGACAUGGAAGAGUGCGGGUAUGUGAGAGAAACAGGGUUCGUGUGGCUGAAGCAGAAGAAGAGCUCCACGCACAAGUUCGAGAAGAUAGGGAAGCUGGUGUCCUACGCCCCUGAGGUCACUGCUCAUGUGGAGCACGGCAAGAUCAAGAAGCUCAAUGGCGUGAAGACCAAGGAGCUUUUGGUCUGGAUCACGCUCAGUGAAAUCUUUGUGGAUGACCCUCCCACUGGCAAAAUUACAUUUAAGACCCCCGCUGGGCUCUUUAGGUCGUUCCCAGUUUCGGCCUUCGAAAUUGAGGAGAAGCAGAAGGAUGGAAAGGAAGGUAAAGAAGCUGGAGCCGCGCCUGUGGAAGUGAAAGAGGUCUGAUUUUCUAAAUUAUGGAUAUUAUUAUUAAUGAUAAUUUAUCUAUAUCUAAUUAUCUAUCUGUUGUCAUCGUUUCGGGUUAUUGUUCUUAUCCGAUGCUUAUAUAUGCAAUGUAAGUCGGUGCUCAAACCCAUAGUUACGCUUUCGCAUUAAAAAGAGAUCGAUCCUUUUUUGGGGUUCCUUCUGAAA